CAAUCGAGUUUAUCCCCGGAUUUCUCUCGUUUACAUGAGCCUCAUAUCAGGUUUACAUUUCAAAUUCACAUAUUUCUAAAAGAUUUCAUCGCAUCUCACGCCCAUAGCAAAUAUGUCCGCGGCGGAGACCACCAGCUCGACGACCAUAUAUAUCACUAUGGCAAGAGACAAUCUUGCCUGUCAAGCAGGUUCUCCAAAUACUUAACUCUCAAAUCAUCAGCAUUCAAACCUAGCUAUUUAGAAUGGCAAUCCCAGCAUACCUCGGCGUAACCUACAUCACGCCCAUCCACCACAACAUUUACCCCUCCAUCGACCCCACCUCACAUUCCCUCGCACAGCCCGAGAAAGUGGUCCUGAUCACCGGAGCUAGCAAAGGUAUUGGUCGUUCCAUCGCACUUUCGUACGCAAAAGCAAAUGUGGCUUGUCUUGUCCUCGUUUCCCGGACCGCAUCUGAUCUAGACCGUGUCGUGGCGGAAAUCAAGGCUUUGAAUACGGAGAUCAGAGUUAGAACUUUUGCUGUGGAUGCUACUUCUGAAGAUGGUGUUCAGAGGGUGAAGGAUGAGGUUAUUAAGGAGGAAGGGAGGUUGGAUGUUCUGGUCAAUAAUGCUGGAGCUAGUACUCCUUGGGUCCCAAUCCCCGAAUCUCCAGCUUCGGACUACUGGCGAACAUUCGAGAUCAACGUCAAAUCUCCGUUUCUGUUCCUCCAUGCUUUCCUCCCUCUUCUAAAAGAGACUGGAGAAAAGACUGGAAAAGGUACAGAUAUCAUCAACGUCUCAAGUAUUGGUGCUCAUGCGACAAUGCCUGGAGCUAGUGCCUACCAGGUCAGCAAAUUGGCAUUGCUGAGAUUGAGUGAGUUUGUGGAUGUAGAGUUCGGGCAAAAUGGAGCUGUCACAGGGGUCCGAUGUGUUGCGAUUCAUCCAGGUGGAGUGAAGACAGACCUCACAGCGAAUAGUUCGGAGGCUGUGAAGAGUUCAUUGGUUGAUACUCCAGAGCUUGCUGGUGGGUUCUGUGUUUGGUUGACAAGUGAGGAUCGAGCAUGGCUGAGGGGAAGAUAUCUGAGUGUCAGUUGGGACGUGGAUGAAUUGGAGAAGAAGAGGGAAGAAAUUGAGGGCACGGAUAAGUUGAAGAUGAGGAUGGUAUUGUGAACGUUUACAAGAUGAUGUUUACGAAAUCGAUGGUGCUUAUUACACAGAUGGGCAUUGAUAAUUGUAAAAAAUUGAUAGAAAUGGAAAAG